AGUCAUUCACUUUAUGUCACAUAACGUCUGCAACUCUCUCUCUUCCUUCCUUCGAUUUUGUGAAAUAUAAUUUAUAUAUGACUCCUCAGUUUCUGCCAUUUGAAAUAAGCCGCCGCCUGCUAGCUUCCCCCUACUCUCUCUCUCUUUCUCUCUGGAUUCCCCCUCUCUAAGAUUCAUUGCAGUACCGUCUCUCUCCCCUCCCCAUUUCUCUAUCUAAAUUGGAAAGAACCAAUUUGUUCCAGCACAGUUUUGGGACAUGCAUUUCCAUGCUCUUUGAUGCUUUCUUUUAAUCUCGGUGAAGGCGAAGAGAACGAGGAUUUCACAAUUUGAUGACAACGAUGGGAAAUUGGAGAUUACUUUGGUGACAAUGAACCCAUUUUCUUGAACAUUAUAUCUUUUGCUCCCAACCAACACCUUGACUUCGUGGGUAUUGGCUCUUUGAUUUGUUUGUCCAUCUAAUCAACAAAUUUGGGUAGUUUGUGCUUAGGCAAAUGAGGUUUUUCAAUCAAUGGACCUGCAAAUAAAACAAGAAGAAACGACUGUGUUUAAGGUUUCUGUGAUCGACGUACAGUCAUCUGUUAACUCUAAAAUGGGAGUGCAAGAAGCAUCGGGAGAAUGCUCCAUGGUUAUGGCUUGCAAUAAUGGAAAAGGAAAGAUCUUCCCUCUUGCAGAAGAACCAUUAAACCUCCUAAAAGAAGAGGUUAUUGCAGUUUCUAUCACUGGUCGUGAGAUGGAGAUAAAAACAGAGCAAUGCCCUGAAAAUGGGACUCGCAUGUCUCCUUUCACUUGUGAUGACUGCAAAGGAAGUGAAGAGAGAGAUAGUAAUUGUGUCCAAUUGGUAGGAGAUGGCUCUCCUAGAGGGGUCUUGGAGGAAUCCUUUCAUUUAUUGGAAUCAGAUAUGAGCUCUUCGAGAACCAGCACCUCGUAUUCUGAUUCCCAAUCCUCGACCACAAAUACUUCUCAAUGGAGAGCUUUUUUUAGCCUAUGGAAGCAAAAGUCCAUGAAUCGACUCUCCUCUUUUCCUCCUAUGCGGGUUCCCAAGAUAUCGAGUUGGAAACGGGGGAGGUUGAGAUGCCAAAGCACAAGUAACGCUGCUGAUUUAUGUUUUUUGAAGCCUUCUUGGAAGAAUUUCACUCUCUCAGAGCUUCGAAAUGCAACAAAUAACUUUAGUUCAGAGAACCUCAUCGGAAAGGGCGGUUAUGCCGAAGUUUACAAGGGAAGGUUGAAUCAUGGGCAGCUUGUGGCCAUUAAGAGGCUUGCUCGAGGAACACAGGCUGAUAGAACAGGGGAUUUCUUAUCUGAACUUGGGAUUAUUGCACAUAUUAAUCAUCCAAAUGCUGCUCACCUUUUUGGAUUUUGCGUCGAAGGUGGACUCCAUCUUGUUCUACAAUUGUCGCCACAUGGAAGUCUGGCUUCUCUACUUCAUGGUUCCAAGCAAAAACCAGAUUGGGCUGUCAGGUAUAAAGUUGCUUUAGGAACUGCAAAGGGCCUUCAAUACCUGCAUGAUGGCUGCCCGAGACGUAUAAUCCAUAGAGACAUUAAAGCUUCUAAUAUAUUACUUACAGAGGAUUUUGAGCCACAGAUAUCUGAUUUUGGACUUGCAAAGUGGCUACCGAAUCAAUGGACUCACCAUACAAUUUCCCAUUUCGAAGGCACAUUUGGAUAUAUGGCCCCUGAGUAUUUUAUGCAUGGAAUCGUGGAUGAGAAAACAGAUGUUUUCGCUUUUGGAGUCCUACUUCUUGAACUCAUUACUGGGCGUCGAGCAGUUGAUUCUUCUCAACAAAGCCUUGUGAUGUGGGCGAAGCCUUUACUUGAAACAAGUAAUUUUGAGGAGCUCGUGGAUCCCUGUCUAAUGGGUGUUUAUGACCUAGAACAGAUGAAGUGUGCGGUUGAAUCCGCCUCUUUGUGUGUGCAAUACAUGCCGAUUUUCAGGCCUUGCAUGAGCCAGGUUCUUGAACUUCUUGUUGGGGAAGGAAACAUGGCGUCAUUAGAGAAGCACCCAAAGCCCAGUUUGCAAAGGACUUUCUCCUCUGCUGAGUUAUUUGAAGUUGCAGAGGGUAAAAGCUAUAUGGAUGAUCUUACAAGGCAUAGAAAGCUUGCUUUUGAGUUCUGAGAUUGCCGAAUGCUUGUUCGGGUUCUUGUUCACAACGUAAAAUUGUUCUUGAUUGUGGAUUAUGGAAGGUGAUAAAUUGAUGAAGCUACUGAGUGUUUGCAUGUUUAAAGUUUCUCUGUGUGCUCUACAAUUGUAAGCCAAAUGAAGUAUGAAUUGAGCAGUUUUUUUUCUCUCAAGCAUUUCUGUAAGUUAUAUAUGUUGUUUAAGUGUUUGUACUCAUGGCAAACAAUUGACACUUCCUAUAUAUACUAUUUUUGCACCAAA